UGUCGCUGACUUGACAGCUAUCCGCUCUGCUCGUGUGACCUGCUGUGUCCUCCAACUCUCUAGAUUUGACAGCCGGUCAUUUAAGGACAGGAGCACUAAAAUCAUGGUUUUCGAGGACAAGAUGAUCAUGAACGGCGAGCCCGAGGAUGAGGAAGAGGAGGAGGAGGAGGAAGAGGAAGAUAUGGUGGAUCCUCUUGAAACGAUGCGACAGAAGUGUGAAGAGACGGAGCACUGCGUUCACACUCGGGAGCGCCUGGAGAGUUGUGAGACCAGAGUUGGCUCCCGGUCUUCAACGUUGGAGGAUUGUACUGAGGAGCUGUUUGACUUCUUGCAUGCUCGGGACCACUGUGUGUCACACAAACUGUUCCAUUCGGUCAAAUGAAGUCCUCCCUCACUGCUGCACCGCUGGCUAAUGGCAUUCUUCAAAUGUAUUAUGUGGAGAACUUGGUUUUAAAUACAUCCAUAUGUGGAUCUGCUAUAUGUUGUAACUUAAAAUGUAUACUAUGCUGUAUCUGCUCAAAUGAAUUAGUAGUAUUUAACAAGGUCACCUGAGUCAACAUUUCAUUAAAGUGGAUGGCUUGAAAACCUUA